CACGUUACCGUGGGGCGUGGGCUACUCGGUUUCGUAGCGAUCGCGUUUCUGUUUCCGGCCGCGCGGUUCCCCCGUUCAAUCCCUAUAUACUUCCUACUUCCGCGGCGCUGAGCUUACCCCACGUCCCCACCCCACGGCACCAACGCCAACCACUACCACGACGAUGCAGAUCUUCAUCAAGACCAUCACCGGGCAGACUCUCACGCUCGAGGUCAAGAGCACUGACACCGUCGACACCGUCAAAGCUCGGAUCCAGGACAAGCAAGGAAUCACCGGCGCCGCCUCCCAAGACGACCCGCACCAGCUGCCGUCCCUCGUCUUCGCCGGGAAGCAGCUCGACGAGGACGACGGCCGGACGCUGGCCGACUACGGCAUCGGCAAGGAGUCGACGCUGCACCACGUGCUCGGCCUCCGCGGCGGCUUCCGGCAACGUAGCUGGUACCCCCACAUCAGCCCCACCCUCCUAGCGCUUGCGCUCCGCUACAACGAGAACAAGAUGAUCUGCCGCAAGUGCUAUGGACGUCUUCCUCCGGGGGCUACCAACUGCCGCAAGAAGAAGUGCGGCCACACCAAUGACCUAAGGCCGAAGAAACGUUUCGAUGGUAGAGCAGGUUUACGAGGGAAAUAG